CAGGGCAGCUGGGGACUAUAAAACACCUGCUUCUGGAAAAUCUGACACAGAUCAACCGUGUUGGAAACCAAAGGAUAGGUGUGUGUGUGUGUGUGUGUGUGAGUUCCCAACGAUCAGUAACUAUCUGAUAAAAACAGGUAGUUCCUCAUUGAAAAUCAUCAUGAAAUUGAUCAUUUUGGAGCUGAUUUCUCUCCCUCUGCUGAUGUCUGUGAUCUUCUGGACGCAGGGUUCCACAGCAGAGACUAAUACCACCACCAGCCCUGCCCCCGCUACCACUAACAGCAUGUCUACCAACACCAACAGCACCAACAAUGGCAAAGGCAGCAGCACCACAAGUGGUACCACCAGGACAACCCAGUCUCCCAGUGGCAGCAAUGGUCAGUCCACCAACAGCACCACUGGUGGCACCAAUGGUCAGUCCACCAACAGCACCACUGGUGGCACCAAUGGUCAGUCCACCAACAGCACCACUGGUGGCACCAAUGGUCAGUCCACCAGCAGCACCACUGGUGGCAGCAGUGGUCAGUCUGCCAGCAGCACCACUGGUGGCACCAAUGGUCAGUCCACCAGCAGCACCACAUCUUCAUCCAAACAGCCACCGUCAGCAGCUGCAGUGAGAAGCUUCACCUCCAUCCAUCUGCUGCUCUCAUCCUUCAUCCUGCAGGCUGUCUGUAUGUGAGACACCUCACCUGAGCUCAGCAGGACCAGUUCCUCUAAGAUCAGGAAGGUUAGUUUACCUGAGCUGGGAACAGUUGUACAACAACAGGUAGUUUACCUGAGCUCAGGACAAUGUUUAUGACAGUAAGUAGUUUGACUGAAAAAGGUAGCUCAGGACAGGUAGUUUUCUGAGCUCAGGUGGAUAAUUUACCUGAUCAGGUAGUUUUCUGAGCUCAGGUGGGGUAGCUCCCUCAGACAGGUAGUUUACAUCAGUUCAUGGUCCAGUGAAGAUCCAUCAGWAACUGUUAGUUUCACCUGACGUUAGAGGCUGAGCAGCAGCUGAAAAGUUCUUUGGAUGGUUUUGAUUCUGGUGGUUUCUGGGUUGAUGCAAAUAAAAUGUAAAUAGAGGAUUUAAUUUUUUUUCUCUUGUUGCUGGAUUCUUGUUUU